AUGAAGGAAACGAACUCCAUGAUAUUCGAAAUAGCUCCAUUCUUUGACCUUAUUGUUAUUUAUGUUCUUCAGGAUUGGCUUCUUCCCAUUAAUUGUGUGAUCUUGAUUGAAAUUCUCUCAAACGAAUCUCUUGUGCUCAUCUAUUCUGAUUUUCUUGCGCUCUAUUUCUAAGAAGAUAAUUUCUUAUAUUUCAAAAUCAAAUGCCUGAUCUACAAAUAUAAACUAUUUUUAUCAAUACUACUUAUAGGAAUAUUCACUCGAUUUUUUUUCUUUUCAGUAUUUAUUAGUUUAGUUAAAGCCUUAUACACAGAAGUCUUACAAUAUCAUUACAAUGAGUCUAUGGGAAGAUCAAAUAUGGAAUAAUAAAAUGAAUCAUUUUACUAAAAAGAUAUAAUCUUACGGUAUAAUUAAAUAAUGUAGCAGGAGGAGAGUAGAAUUAUUAACGAAUACCUGAAAAAGCUUUUAAGAAAAGAAUUCUAUGACACCACUCCAGAGCUAAAUGAUUGUCUUUACUUGCAUUCUAAAGGCUUUGAAAAGAUUGUGAUCUUUAAAGAGCUCACAGGAUCAAAAUUCAUUUACUUGGUGGAAAAUGGUCGUCAAAUAUAGGAGGAAAUCGCAGAUAUUUUCAUGUUUUCAACUAGUUAUGAUUUACCUUAACAAGGAACGGUAUCUGAUCUUGUGCAUGCCUAAACCCAUAUAAAAUUUAUGGAAUUAAAACACUAUCAACAUUGCUUACUUUUUCUUGUAAUAUAUUAUCAUUGA